AGCUGCGCGCUCGUCAGCGUCCCCGCUGCUGCCCGCAAAUGCGCGUACGAGGACUCGACUCACUGGCUUCUCGGUUCAGCUUCGCGUACGCUGCUGCUGACUACUACACGACGACCAACAUGUCAAGAAACCAGAGGACGCCGCUCAAAAACGCCGACAACGUGGUCGAGGUGAAGAGCAAAUUUGAAGCAGAAUACCGUCGAUUCGCGCUGCAGAGGAGCAGUGCCAGCGGCUUCCAGGAGUUCUACCGCCUGCUGCAGAACGUGCACCGCAUCCCUGGUGUGGACGUGUUGCUCGGCUAUGCCGACGUCCACGGCGACCUACUGCCCAUCAACAACGACGACAAUUUCCACAAGGCUCUGUCGUCCGCCAGCCCCCUGCUACGAGUUAUCAUCCAGAGAAGAGAUGUGAACGAACCUGUGGUCUUCGGUACGAACUCUCUGCAGAGGAGGAAGAAGGGUUUGGGAGGCCUGCGUUCUGUCCAGCAGAAGAACAAGCCAGCGUUGCUGAUUGGCCUGCCGCAGGACUUCCGCCAGAUCUCCUCCAUCAUCGACGUGGACAUCCUGCCUGAGACUCACCGCCGCGUGCGUCUGCACAAGCACGGAACCCACAAGCCCCUGGGCUUCUACAUCCGGGACGGCGUCAGCGUCCGCAUCACGCCCCAAGGGGUGGAGAAAGUACCAGGCGUCUUCAUCUCGCGCCUGGUGAGGGGAGGCCUGGCCGAGAGCACGGGCCUGCUUGGUGUGAAUGACGAGAUCCUGGAGGUUAACGGCAUCGACGUGGACGGGAAGUCGCUGGAUCAGGUGACGGACAUGAUGGUGGCCAACAGCCACAACCUCAUAGUGACUGUCAAGCCGGCAAACCAGCACAAUAACGUGGUGCACCGUGGCAGCAAAGCCUCGGCCAGUAACAGCUCUGCCGGCUCGGGAGGCUCCACCCUCUCUCAGGACUCCAUCCUCAGCCCAGCCUCCCAACCCAUUAGCCAGUAUAGUAACAGCAACAGCGUGGCAGAGGGCGACAGCGAUGACGAAGACACCGACCUCAUCAUCGAGAGUGACAACCUGCCCACUUACACACCCCACCGCCUAACUAAUGGGAACGGUGGUCAUAGCAACGCUCUCUCAUCAGGCGCCUUUGGGCACAAGCCCCUCCCCCAGAGCGUCUCAUUGCCUAGCAGCAGCUCUCUGUCGGACAGCAAGGCGUCGCUCAGCUCGCUGACCACACCCACGCACAAUGGCAGCCCGAUCAAGAUGAGCAGCAGCCAAGAGAGCAUGAGAGAGGAUGGAAACCUCAUCACGUUGUGAAGCCGAACCCCCCCCGCCCGGCAUGAUCUAAUCCCACUAGACACCUGCUCUUUAGGAACUGUUGGUGCACAACUUGAGUAAAUAAAGUAAAGAGAAAACGCACUGUUUAGUGGUACCAUCUCUCCAGUCCCAGAACAUCCAGAAGAUGGUGGGCUGAGGACUUUCCAAGCUAAAGGGGUAGUACUGGUACUGGUAGUAUUGGUGUUGGGAACAGCAGACAGGGCCCUGAUGCUCUUCACACGUGGGCUCUUUACACAUGGGCUCUUCACCUCAUGGAAGUGCCUUAUGGCUCUGUCCUUCCCUCAUGCCUUAUGUUCUCUUUUUUUUCAUUGUCAUUUGAUCUCGUGCCUGGCCAAAAAAGGUUUUCCAUCUCAUAGACUGAGAAACUCUUAACACUACGCCAAAUGGAUGAAGGAACAUGCAUAUUAUUCACUCGGUAUGUUAGGCACUAAGGAGAUACCUAAUCCAAUCACUAGGUGUAUUGUAGAUGUGGCUGGGUCUGUCUUCACUCUGCAGUUACACUUGCUCGUCCUGAAAUGGAGACUCCUCUUCAGUUUAUGUGAUGAUUCCUGCAUGUCAAAAAUGCCAUAGUAGAAUUGGUGAUAAUAAUGAUAAAGAAUAGUAGUAUAAAAGUCUAGUCAAACUGUCUUGAUCACCGAUGUGUUAUACAGCUGUGGCUUUUCUACAAAGGGCUCUGAGAGUUUGUUAGGGCACACCACGUCAGGUUCACGCACAUCAUCGACUGUACGCUCUAACUGUGGUCCCAGUAGUUGUAAAAUCAUUGUAAUAGUCUGUCUUGCAUUUCCGUCUUCUCUAAAAGAUGUCUUCGGCAGAGUCACAUGUAGGUAAUAUGUUAUCCUGUCCUUUCAGACACGGUUCAGCCUUAUAGAACUGCUUUGUGUUGUGGAUUCCAUGGCAAGGUACAUGACAUGUUUGCAUGGUGGUGCACUUGGAGGAUCUCAGCUGGGCCUACCAUCACCUGGGUUAUGAUUAGAACGCGAGUGGAAUGAUGUGAAUAUCUGUGCCUCUCGCACUGAUGACAUUUAAGCAGCCGAGUUCUCUAUCACUUCCUGCUAUCAAAUUCUGCUCUUUCGAGUAGCAGUUUCCCACGGCACUCAGCGUGAUUGUCGCCGUGUGCGAGUUUGUGUGUAUGAAGUGUAGGCAUCAGCCCUUGUCUCAAAUGCAUGUUCUGGCUCCUCAGUUUCACCCCGCUUCCCUGUUCUCGUAAUCUCUCACUUGCCUCCAGCUUCUUCCGAGUGCCGUGGACCCUGGGAUAGCUGCAUAGCUGGAGGAGCAGGCAGGCUCUCCGUUUGAAGCUGGCCAUCUACAUUUACUCUCCUGGGGUUGUUAUUCAUUCCCCCCAUUGGUGUAACUACCACCAAGACAUGGCUUCACCAAGAUCGUGACCUCUCGUGAACUCAGUUGUUUUUGUGCUCACAUGCUGUGUGUUUCUGUACAGAAAAAAAAAUAGGAAAUUCCUUUUUUUUUCUUCUUUUUUUUUUUUGAAAAGGCCAAAAUUCUGCACAACUGGGACUUUGUUCAUAGAGUCCACAGAGUCCACUUAUGGAUACUUCAGCCGAAAGUGUGUGCAUGUCUGUGUGGUGACCCUUCAUUCAGGCAGACGGAUAAGACUACCUGAUUAAUGGGAUAGGUGGAACCAGAUGCAAAGCAGGAAAUAAAGGAGAAAACACAAGGAAGUGAUGGAUAAUGGAUAAAUAAAAUAUAUCAUUACUAAUAUAAUUGAAUUUUCAUCAACUUGCUAACUGUUAAUGGCCAUGUGAAGGUUUCAGAUAAUCAUGGAAAAGUGACUGCACUGUAGCCAUCAGAUGCAUGUAGUAAGCCAAGGCUGUAUUGAGCCCUUGGAGGUGCAGAUUCAUCUCUGGUAUCUUAUCCCUUUCCACUUCGUCAGCAGAACAUGUUUGUCACUUUUUACCUAGUACAAAUUAUUCCUAAAGCAGAGAAGGUCCCUCGUGACAUACCUGGCAAUAACAUCUGCAGUUCUGAGACAGUAACUGGUUAGAGUGAGCUUCUAACAAAAAAUGAACACAACCAUAGACAGAGCGCAUUUAGAAGGCAGGUGGUCAAACUGUAAGGGGAAUUUGGGGACAUUAAGAUUUGUGAUCCUGCUCUGGUUAUAAUAUUUAUAAUAUAAAGAGGUUUUAUUGUUAUUCUUAGAAGGAACUUGAUGCAAUGUACUGUUAUCAGUUUCCAAUGGACAGAGAUUUAUAUUCUCUUCAUUUAGUGUCUCCAUUUACAGUUGAUAUUAGCACACACAUCGGAAAUACAACAAUCGCCACCACACAAAUGACCAUAUGUACUGAGCAUAAUUUUUUAAAAUAUGUAUGUAUAUGUAUAUACAAAUAUGAGAUAAUGGACAAUUUUGUAAACUGGGAGCCCUUUUUAUUAAAAGAGCAUUUUAUAAAUGUGUAAAAUAUGGAAAGUUAUUUUUCUUAUUCUUGUACUUUUGUAUGUAUAUUAGAAUCCAGAACAGAACGUUUCUAUUUCUUUUGCGUAAGAGAAACCAAACUGAAAUCUGAAGAAACCAGUGGUUUUAUUUUAAUCAGAUGGGUGAAGUGUAUAAUACUGUGAAGGCUAUAUGCUGAUUCUGAAGUGUUCUAUGGAGCUAAUAAAAUAUUUAAAAUGAU